AUGACGGUGAAGAAGAGAGGCUGGUACUUCGGUGCCGACCCGAACCAGGAUCUCGAAGCACAAGGUCUCGACUGGAUGUUGAAGAGGAUGCUAGGCUCGAACCAGGGGAAGAAGAUGCGCAGAGGUGACCAGUGGCAGUCGAGACUGGUGGCCAACUAUCUCCGGAGGGUGGACAAGUUCAGGGAGCUGUUCAUAUUCUGCGUGCACGUCUUGAGCGGCCAGCCCGCCAGAGGAACCGAGAUCACCAGUCUGCGCUUCCGCAACGGAGUGGCCAACCACCGCAACGUCUUCGUCUUGGACGGCAGAGUGAUGACGGUGACGAGCUACCACAAGUCACAAGCAAUGCUCGACAUGCCCAAGAUGGUGCCACGCUUCUUGCCGUGGAAACUGGGUCAGAUCGCGGUCAUCUAUCUCACCCACGUGCGGGCGUUCGCCGAGUUGCUGUCGGUGCAGGUACAGUACGGUCAAGGAUGGAGUGACUACAUCUGGGCGGACUCGCACGGCCCGUGGGAGACGCAGAAGCUCACCGACACGAUGAAACGAGAGACGGCCAAACGACUGAAGGCCAAGCUACACACCCAGAACUACAGACACGCCGCCGUCUUUCUAGGCAGGAGAUUCGUCGGACCGAGGUUCGCCAAAGGCUACCGAGAGGAGGCCGAAGAUCCGGAAGAAGCCAGGCGGGUGAUAUGGAUGACGAUCUCGAGGAGGGCAACGCGAUCGAGCUACAGAAAGCCGGCGGCUUCGGCACCGGAGCCGGCAGAUACGCGGUCAGAGCGGACAUCUUGA